AUGGCGAGACCAAAUUUUGCGACUCCCCUUCCCCAAUCCACGCAUUCGGAAAUCCUCGAAUGGCGAUUCCCAGGUAAACACAAGCAAUACGUUCUCACUGGCAAAUCUCGAGCAGCAUGGCACACCUCUUUCGUCAUCCCGCAACUCAACCUGCUCCUCGAUGCUGGAAAGAUCAUCAACAGGCUGCGGCCGAAGCACAUCUUUCUAACGCACGGCCACAGCGACCAUACCCUCCUAACGCCAGCCUUCAUCAAGCGCGAUGAUCCUCCCGACAUAUUCUGCCCCAUCGAGAUGAAGAAAGCCCUCGACGAUUUCCUUCAAGCAAAGACGAUCCUUAACAAGGGCGGCCUUGUGACGGCAGACGACUCCGAGCAGGCUGGCCCUACAUUUGUUGACGAGGAUGAAGACCCCGAUGCACCCAACGACGAACCUUUGCAAGCGAGCAGCCACAAGAGACACUGGCUUCAGACGCACGAAACCCACGGCAUUCGAGCAGGUGACACUGUCCCGCUGCGGCGAACCGUCGACUUUACCGCCGAAGCCUUCCACUGCGACCAUCAGGUUCCCUGUCUAGGAUAUGUCUUCAAAGUGAACUCCCAGAAACUAAAGCCAGAAUACAUGGGCAGAAAAGGAGUCGAGCUCAAGCAGCUCCGGGAGUCAGGUGUCGAGAUCACUGCGCCACAGUCUACACCUGUCUUUGCUUUUCUCGGUGACACGACAGCGGCCACGCUUGCCUCAGAGCCACAGUGGCUGAAGGAUGGCAUCCCUGUGGUCAUCACCGAGUGUAGUUUCCUGUACGAGACCCACAGAGAGCAGUCCGUCAAGACGAAACACACUAUAUGGCAGGACCUCGAGAAGGUCAUACGCAAGUGGCCGAAGACAACCUUUGUGUUGACGCACUUCAGCCUGCGGUACAGUGACGAAGCCAUAAGACAGUUCUUCGACGAAUUGCCCAACCCGCCGCCCAACAUGGUGGUUUGGGUCGAUGGAAAUCCUGAGGUGACAGGCUGA